GACAAUAGGGACCCUCAUGGAACAUAGGGACCCUAACAGGUAAGUCUAUUGAGUUGGUGCAAGUUUUCAAGAGGAGAAGGAUUCAGGUGGCGUGUGUGCAAGAAACCAAGUGGGUGGGCACGAAGGCGCGAGAGGUUGAUGGCUUCAAACUGUGGUAUUCAGGUUCGACUAGGGGAAGGAAUGGACAGUGGCGGAUCCAGGAUUGUGAAUGACUGGGGGCAAUCCGCCCCUGGGAAUGGAGUCGGUAUUCUGGUGGCACCGGAGCUACGAGGGUUUGUGGUGGAGGUGAAGAGGAUUAAUGAUCGUCUAAUGUUUAUCAAGUUGGUUUUGGAUGGGUGUGCAAUCAAUGUCGUGAGUGCUUACGCCCCGCAUGUUGGCUUGGCAAACGUUGUUAAGAGGGAGUUUUGGGACGCCUUGGAUGGGGUGGUUGUUGGCUUUCCACUGACUGAGAAAGUCAUCAUUGGAGGCGACUUCAAUGGCCAUAUUGGAGACUCGGCCGAGGGCUUCGAGGACGUGCACGGUGGUUUUGGCUAUGGCAGCAGGAACCCAGCGGGAGUUUCACUCUUGGAGUUUGCCAGAGCAAGUGAUAUGGUGGUUGCUAACUCUUGUUUCCCAAAACGAGACGUUCAUUUGGCUACAUUUGUUAGUGGAGUGGGGACGACUCAGAUCGACUAUCUUCUCCUGCGCAGUGGGAGAGCUUUGGGACCAGAUGAGAUUCCGGUGGAGUUUUGGAAGCAUGCGGGCCGUGGUGCGUGGGUUUGGUUAACCAAACUCUUCAAUGUUAUCUUUCGGACAGCAAGGAUGCCUGAUGAGUGGAGGGAGAGUCUCUUGGUCCCCUUGUUUAAAGGUAAAGGUGACAUUCAGAGCUGCGAGAAUUACAGAGGCAUCAAACUCCUUAGCCACACCAUGAAGGUUUGGGAGCGAGUCAUUGAGUAUAGGGUGCGAAAAGGGGUAUGCAUCUCUGAGAACCAGUUUGGUUUCAUGCCUGGCAGAUCGACUACAAAGGCCAUUCACCUCGUGAGGAGGUUAAUGGAAGAGUAUAGGGCUAGGAAGAAGGACCUUCAUAUGGUGUUUAUUGAUCUUGAGAAGGCGUACGAUAGGGUGCCAAGGGAGGUCUUAUGGAGGUGCCUAGAGACGAGAAGAGUUCCCAUCGCGUACACUCGCGCGAUCAAGGAUAUGUACGAUGGGGCUAUGACUAGGGCAAGGACCUCCGGGGGCGACUCUGAGUCAUUCUCAGUAGGGAUGGGGUUGCACCAGGGUCUGCCCUUAGCCCUUUUUUGUUCGCCUUGGUGAUGGACGUCCUAACUCAAGGUGUUCAAGAAGGGGUCCCAUGGUGCAUGCUUUUCGCGGAUGAUAUCGUGCUUAUCGACGACACACGUGAGGGACUAAACGAUAAGUUGGAACGAUGGCGCCUUGCCCUUGAGACUAAAGGAUUCAGAAUAAGUAGGAACAAGACUGAAUACAUGGAAUGUCGUUUCAGCGGCCGGGAAACAGAAUCAGAAGUGGAAGUUAGGAUUGACUCUCACGUAGUACCUAAGGUAGACAGGUUCCGAUAUCUUGGCUCGGUAA